AUGGAUGCGGAGGAAGAUCAGAUUCUAUUUUUCGAAAACAGUUUAUGGAAGCCUCCAAUUAAUUUAUCGGAUUGCUCUUCCGAGUAUCUAAAGGAUAAUGUCAUUCCUUAUCAUCUUUUAAAGAAUCCUUUUAAAAAGGAGAAACGUGAACAUAUUUCAGAAGAUUAUGAGAAUCGGAUUUGGAGUCGUCUUGGGUUACUCAAUGAUACUGAUACCAGGCUGAUUACUUCUGAUGGUCCCAGCUCUUCAACUCACGAAGCAUGUGUACCUAGUCUUUACUAUACCAAGGCCAGUAAUCCAAUUCUCUCUAAACGCGAAAUUCAACGGCAGCGCAAAUUAGAGAAACGAUCCAAAUUGGCUGGAUGGUUUGACCUCCCGAGAGGAGAUUUCAAUCAAGAAAACAAGGACGAUCGUGAGAUUGUUGCUAUGCGAAAUGUUCUUAGUAGUGAUUUACACACCCGCAAAGCUGAUGGCCGCAGAGCUCACUUUCAUGUGGGUACUAUUGUGGACGAUCCUGGAUCAUUUUAUGAUCGAGUUCCCCGUAAGCAACGCAAGAAAAAUUUGGUCGAUGAAUUGUUGGCUAACGCUGAGUACAUGAAGAAACAACGUCGCCAAUACGCCAAAAUUCAGAAAGAAAAACAAGAAAAACGGGCAGCGGCUCUGCGAAAGAUGAAACAGCAACAAAAGAAGGCUGGUCGUAUCAACAGGGUUGAGGUCGAUUCUUAA